ACCUAAACCUAGUCAUCUGAGUUGCUCUCCAUCUAUGCUCCCUUCCGGUAGAGAUUUCGAAACAAGAGAGGGUUUGCUCGUUAAAUGCUCUCUCUCUGCGACCCUUUUGCAGCCUCUCUCUUUUUCAUGUCUUCUUCAAUCUCACAGUAUCCUUCUUCAGGGUGGUCUCAAACCCUAAAUCUCGAUUUCUUUUUCACUAUACCUUCUCCUCCUGCUGCUGAUUCUGAUUGUCUCUCUCAUAUUUUUCGUAAAAAAUUGAACUUUAAUUAUCUGGGUUUGGGAGCGAAGAAACAUGAGUAAUCCUAAGGUUUUAUUAUUUGGGUCAUUCACUGAAGACGAAACCAGGUCGUGGCAGCAUAAGCCGCCAUCUGGUAAUGAUGAAAAGCCGGUAGAAAAAAAAGAACUGCAAUUUGGUUCUUUAGAUUUUGCUAGUGGAAUAUCUUUGAGUGGUUUGAAUUGUGAUUCAAAGAAACAGCUGGGUCAUGCAAAUGACACGAUUGAUUUUGAACCCACAAAAGCACUUAUUGAAGACGAUAAAGUGAGAACCGCUGAUUUAGAAAAUGAUCACUUGCCUGGAUCGUUUGAAACUCUGAAGAUAAAUGGGGACCUUGAUAAUUGCGAUCACGAAUCUCUCACUGAUGGCAUUGGCGACUGGUUUGAUUCAAAUUCCUUGUCCCCGUCCCAGAGAGAGAGUAGUGAACAUAAUCAUUCUCAAAGCUCGAAAUUUCAUGUUCUUGAUGGUGAGAAGAUGAAGGACCUCGAUCAGAAUGGUACAACUGAUGUUUCAGCUGUACCUCUGGCAAAAGGUGUUUGGAAGGCGACUAAUGGGCUUGAUGCGGCUGUUAGAAACUUACUACCUCGUGGCUUAAUCAACUCUGGCAAUCUAUGCUUUCUUAAUGCUACUUUGCAGGCUCUCUUAUCCUGCACUCCUUUUGUUGAGCUCUUGCAGGAAAUUAGAGCUCAUAACGUCCCUAAGGUUGGAUACCCAACGCUAGCAGCGUUUGCAGAGUUUAUCUCUGACUUUGAUGUCCCCAGUGGUUUAAGCUUAAAGAAGAAAGAUUCGAUUGUUCUUGAGACUGGCAGGCCGUUUAGCCCCUCGAUGUUUGAAAUUGUGCUGAAAAGUUUUACCCCAGAUGUGCCAAAUAGCAUGUCUGGCAGGCCAAGGCAGGAAGAUGCUCAGGAGUUUCUGAGUUUUUUAAUGGAUCAGAUGCAUGAUGAAUUGCUUAAGCUUGAUGGACAGUCUUCAGGCAUUCAGGGGUCCAAGUCAUCUCUUGUUUCUUCAUCUGAAGAUGAUGAGUGGGAGACAGUUGGCCCAAAGAACAAGUCUGCAGUGACAAGAAGUCAAAGCUUCAUUCCCUCCGAGCUGAGCGAUAUUUUUGGAGGACAAUUAAGAAGUGUGGUGAAGGCGAGAGGAAACAAAGCUUCUGCAACUGUCCAACCCUAUCUCUUGCUUCACCUUGAUAUUUAUCCGGAAGCUGUUCGUACUAUUGAAGAUGCCCUUCGUUUGUUUUCUGCACCAGAAACCCUGGAAGGGUACCGAACAUCGACGGGAAAGGCUGGUGUUGUGUCUGCCCGAAAAUCUGUUAAGAUUCAGAAGCUUUCAAAGAUUAUGAUCCUGCACGUGAUGCGCUUUAGUUAUGGAAGCCAAGGUAGCACCAAGUUGCAUAAGCCUGUUCGCUUUCCUCUUGAAUUGGUGUUGGGUCGGGAACUGCUUGCUUCUCCAUCUACUGAGGGCCGCAAAUAUGAACUUGUUGCCACGAUAACCCACCAUGGAAGAGAGCCCUCAAAGGGCCAUUACACUGCUGAUGCCCGUAAUCCUAAUGGUCAGUGGCUACGCUUUGAUGAUGCAUCUGUUUCUUCAGUUGGAACCAAUAAGGUAUUGCAUGACCAAGCUUAUGUCCUCUUCUACAAACAAGUGUAGAAGGUAUCAGAGUUCUGUCACUAAUAUACAUCCAGAAGAAUGCGAAGUUAUUUCCGGUUUGACUUGACUAUGACUUGUUGUUCAGUAAUGCCUGUGACGACCCUUUGAGGUGAAUGUUUGAAGGAGCUACUGUUUUGGGUUACCCUGUAAACCCCUUGUUACAGCCUUUGGUUUUGCUGUGAGAUCAUAGUUGCCACAUACUGUGUUGGUUAUGAAAGUGGGGUGCGCUUAACUUAAGAAUGCUUUAUAUUAAUAUAUUCUUUACCAAGUUAUUGGUUUGCAUGAUUAUUC